AUGUUAACUGCUGAAGAACGUCGUCAACGCAUUCUGGCUAAUUCAGAAUCGCGUCUUGCUAAACUUCGGCAUAUAAAUCAACAUGAUAAUUCAUCUGAUAUACCACCAAUGGCAUCAAUAUCUUCACCAGCGCCACAUGAACUUUUAAGAAAACCAAAUGAAGAAUUUAAUUCUUCAAUUAACUCUAGUGUUAAUAAUAAUCAAUCACAACAAACAUCAUCAUCAUCAUCAUCAUUAUUUUCAACAAUUACUACAGCAACGAAUAUGUUAAAUUCUUUUACAUCAUCAUCAACAACAACAACAAAAACAGUUGAAAAUACGAAAGAAAUGAUUGUAAUUGAUAAACAACAUAUUCUUAUGUUUAUUCUUGGAAUUAUUGUUGGAAUUCUCUAUUCAUUUUAUAUAUCAAUUGAAUCAAAUUUUUUCUUUCUUGUAUUUUUUACAUGUUGUAUAUGUAUAUUAACAUCACGUUAUUAUUCGAUGCAAAUGAAACAUCGUACAAAUGUAUUAAUUACAACAGCUAUGUUAUCAGGAUUUAAACCAGAUUUUAUGAAAAAAUUAAGUCUUGUUUAUACUCUUGUAUCUGAUGCUUGGAUUAUAUUUGCAUUUUAUUUUGUUUCUUUUUGUUUAACAUAUGUCCAAGAUUUCACAGAUGAACAACGAUGGCAAGGCUCGUUAAAAACCGAACACGUUGGCGGUGAAUUUAUUCAAAGAUGGACAAAUAAUUACUGGAUAUCUAUAUUACAUCGUGUUGCAGCAGUGAAACAAUUAAGAUAUUCAGUAUUAUUCUUUAGUGGACCAGAUCAGAAUUGUGUUAUUCAAACAUUGCCAUAUAAAAAAUGUCUACAGCAACAAUCAAAAUAUGCUCGAAUUACUGCAUACGAACAUGCAGAACGAAGAACAACAGCUGCAUCACGUAACUAA